CGCGUAACGUUUACGUCAGCAGAUGUAAACAAGCGGAAGCCAUCAGCGUGAUCGGGAGUUAGACUGUUCGGUAAUCACAGUGAUUGAUGAGCUGCUUCUGACGGAACCGAGCCGGUUCGCUCAGUCCGGACUUCCGGGAUCACAGUGUGACCUCAGAGCGGCGCUGACGGCCGCCUGCGCGUGAGCAACAUGGACGACAACAAGAUGGUCACAGGUAAAGUGAAGAAGCCGGGAAAACGUGGCCGCAAACCUGCCAAAAUCGACCUGAAAGCCAAACUGGAGCGAAGCCGGCAGAGUGCCCGCGAGUGCCGAGCCCGGAAGAAGCUGAGGUACCAGUACCUGGAGGAACUGGUUUCCAGUAAGGAGAGAGCCAUCUGCGCCCUGCGGGAGGAGCUCGAGAUGUACAAGCAGUGGUGUUCGGCCAUGGAUCAGGGCAAGAUCCCGUCAGAGAUCAAAGCUCUGCUCACCGGAGACGAGCAGAAAAUGCCUCCAGGCGGCACCAAGACGUCCAAGAACAGCAAGAACAACAACAUCAGCAGCAGCAACGGGCAGAGUUAGACUCCCCUGCACCUCCUCCUCUUCUCCUCCUGCAGUUCAUCGCUCACGCAGGACUCAUGAGACCUUUAAACCUCCAAAGAACAAACCUGACACUGAAUCGUGCCUGUUCACAGCACCAAGGGUCACGUCCUCCCUCAGUCCAUGUGUGUAAUAACUUUCACAGCCAGAAGGGGGAGCCAGACGCUCCUGACUGCAGGUCAAAUCAGAAAUAUUCAGAAGAAACUGGGUAAAAAAAAAAGUAGCAAAAGUGUUUCUGGAGCUGAAGAAGUGAUUUUUUUUUUUUUUUUUUUUUUUUUUUUAAUGAAUCCCAAAAUGUUAAACUU